AUGAGUGCGGACGCGGCGUUGGAGCGGCGCCUGCAGCGUGUGCGGCGCAUUAUCGUCGUGUUGUCGGGCAAGGGCGGCGUAGGCAAGUCGUCUGUGGCGGCGCAGCUCGCGCUGACGCUGUCGUAUGAAGCGGCGUCGAGCGAGCCCGAUGCGUCGCGUCUGCGGGUGGGUCUGCUGGAUCUGGAUCUGACGGGUCCGUCGAUCCCCCGCAUGCUCGGUCUGGAUGGCCAGGCCGUGCACCAGAGCUCGGAUGGAUGGGUGCCGGUGUACACGGAUGACAGCCAGUGCCUGGGCGUCAUGAGCGUCGGGUUCCUCCUUCGCUCGAAGAACGACUCGGUCGUGUGGCGUGGGCCGAAGAAGCAGGGCAUGAUCCGCCAGUUCUUGAGCGACGUCCGCUGGGGCGAUCUGGACUAUCUGAUCAUCGACACGCCGCCAGGCACGUCCGACGAGCACAUCUCGCUGAUGGAGGCGAUUCAUCCGUAUGCGCCGCAGGCCGUGCUGGUGACGACGCCGCAGGCCGUCGCGCUGUCCGACAAUCUGCGGUCGCUCGACUUUACGCGCAAGGUCGGCCUGCCUGUGAUAGGCCUGAUCGAGAAUAUGAGCGGCUAUGUGUGCCCGCACUGUGCGGAAUGCACGAACGUCUGGGGCCGGGGUGGCGGCGCGUCGCUCGCCGAGCAGCAGGGCCUGGCGUUUCUGGGCCGCGUGCCGAUCGAUCCUACGCUCGUGCGGCUGCUAGACGAUGCGCGCCACGAGGCCGCCGAGCACGCGGACGACGAGCAUGCGCUGACGUACGCUACGGUGCGGCGCUACCGCGCCAGUGCUACCUAUCCGCUGUUCCAGCGCAUUACGGACGCCGUGCGGCAGUAUACCCAUUAG